AACACCACUCUCAUUCCAAGCCGAGAAAAAUAUUUAUUUUUGGGUUUUGACGAGACGAGAAAAAUAGUCAAAAAUCAAACAGCGUGAUUCCCGAGACGCAUCGAACUCGCAAUCUCUGCACGAAUCGAAUCGUCGCGGCUUCAACUGCCCUGCCGGCGAUCAAGCACUAUGGCCGGUUGGAGAAACACUCACAGAUCACGAAACGGCGCCGCUUACAACACUUUGACUCCGUCUCGGACGAUUCAACUCGGCCGAGUUACUCCGCAGGCUCCGGGUAAUCGGACUGUGUUUUGUAACGAUCGCGAGGCCAACGCUCUCGCGAGUUUCAAGGGGAAUUCCAUAUCAACGACAAAGUACAACUUACUGACAUUUCUUCCCAAGGGGUUGUAUGAACAGUUCAGGAGGCUCGCUAACUGCUACUUUCUUAUGAUAUCCUUGUUAUCAUUCACACCUGUCAGCCCUGUGAGUCCGUAUACGAAUGUCGCUCCAUUGGCUAUUGUGCUCAUAGUCUCUCUUAUUAAAGAGGCUUUUGAGGACUGGAAACGUUUUCAAAAUGACAAGUCGAUAAAUAAUUCUGCUAUAGAUUUGUUACAAGAUCAAAAGUGGGAAUCUGUGCCUUGGAAAAAACUUCAAGUUGGAGACAUAGUCAGAGUUAAGCAGGACGGCUUUUUCCCAGCUGAUUUGCUAUUCCUUGCCACCUCAAACCCAGAUGGCGUUUGCUACACUGAGACUGCAAAUUUGGAUGGAGAAACAAAUUUGAAGAUCAGAAAAGCACUGGAAAAAACGUGGGACUUCGUGUCUUCUGAGAAGGCCUCAGAAUUUAAAGGUGAAGUUCAGUGUGAGCAACCUAACAACUCGCUAUACACUUUUACCGGCAAUCUGAUUCUACAGAAGCAAACAUUGCCUCUCAGUCCGAAUCAGAUUCUAUUGCGGGGAUGCAGUCUGAGGAACACAAAGUACAUAGUCGGAUGUGUUAUUUUUACUGGGCCAGAAACUAAGGUUAUGAUGAAUUCGAUGAAUGUCCCUUCUAAAAGAAGUACACUAGAAAAGAAGCUCGACAAAGUUAUUCUUGCUCUGUUUUGCCUUCUCUUCUGUAUGUGUCUUAUAGGGGCCAUCGGCAGUGCUGUAUUUGUGAGUUUUGAUGAUUACUACUUGAAUCUCAAGGCAAAAAACCCAAGCGAACUGGACCAGUUCAACCCAAACCAGAGGCUUAAGGUUUUUGCAUUGGCUAUAUUUACUCUGAUUACUCUCUAUUCGCCAAUCAUCCCUAUUUCCCUUUAUGUUACUGUUGAGACCAUCAAAUUUAUACAGUCUUCCAAAUUUAUCAACAAUGACUUGCAUAUGUACCAUGCUCCGACGAACACACCAGCUUUAGCACGCACGUCAAAUCUUAAUGAGGAACUUGGACAGGUAGAAUACAUAUUCUCAGAUAAAACAGGAACACUGACAAGAAAUAUGAUGGAGUUCUUUAAAUGUUCUGUUGGAGGGGAGACAUAUGGAACUGGUGUCACUGAAAUUGAGAUGGGAGCGGCACAGCGCAAUGGCAUAAUUCUUGAAGAGGGGCAGAAAUCAUCAAACCCAAUACGUGAUAAGGGUUUUAACUUUGAUGAUGCAAGGCUUAUGCGAGGUGCUUGGAGGAAUGAACCUAAUUCUGAUGCUUGCAAGGAAUUUUUCAGAUGCCUCGCAAUAUGUCAUACUGUACUUCCUGAAGGUGAAGAAUCUCCUGAAAAAAUUCGUUAUCAAGCUGCUUCUCCUGAUGAGGCUGCUUUGGUUUCUGCAGCCAAGAACUUUGGCUUCUUUUUCUACAGGCGUACACCUACCAAGAUCUUUGUUCGUGAAUCACACGUUGAAAGGAUGGGACAGAUUGAAGAUGUUUCAUAUGAGAUUUUAAAUGUCCUCGAGUUCAAUAGUACACGGAAGCGCCAGUCAGUUAUAUGCCGUUAUCCAGAUGGAAGGCUUGUAUUGUACUGCAAGGGUGCUGAUACAGUGAUAUAUGAACGAUUAGCUGGUGGAAACAAUGAUAUAAAAAAAAGAACCCGAGAACACAUGGAACAAUAUGGGGCUGCAGGAUUGCGGACUCUUUGCCUGGCCUACAGAGAUUUAAAUCCCGACACAUAUGAGAGUUGGAACGAGAAGUUUAUUCAAGCAAAAUCUUCUUUACGAGACCGUGAGAGAAAAUUGGAUGAGGUGGGGGAACUGAUAGAGAAAGAUCUGAUUUUGAUUGGUUGCUCUGCAAUAGAAGACAAGCUUCAAGAAGGAGUACCUUCAUGCAUAGAAACUCUCUCUAGGGCUGGAAUCAAAAUAUGGGUGCUAACAGGAGACAAGUUGGAAACGGCAAUAAAUAUUGCUUAUGCGUGCAACUUGAUUAAUAAUGACAUGAGGCAAUUUGUUAUCAGUUCAGAAACUGAUGAGAUUAGAGAAAUAGAGGACAAAGGUGACCAAGUGGAGAUUGCACGUUUUCUCAGAGAGACAGUAAAAAAUGAAUUAAAGAAAUGUCACGAUGAGGCUAAACAGUACCUUCAGACGACAACUGGGCCCAAGUUAUCUCUUUUAAUUGAUGGGAAAUGUCUGAUGUAUGCUUUGGACCCAAGUUUGCGAUCGAUGCUACUUAAUUUGAGCUUGAACUGUAGUGCAGUAGUUUGCUGCCGUGUUUCUCCUCUACAGAAAGCACAGGUGACAAGGCUGGUCAGGAAAGGUGCACAGAGAAUUACACUUAGUAUUGGUGAUGGUGCGAAUGACGUGGGAAUGAUUCAAGCUGCUCAUGUUGGCGUUGGAAUCAGUGGAAUGGAAGGGAUGCAAGCUGUAAUGGCUAGUGAUUUUGCAAUUGCACAGUUCCGUUUUCUUACAGAUCUACUUCUUGUUCAUGGGCGAUGGUCAUAUCUUAGAAUAUGCAAGGUCGUGUCAUACUUCUUUUACAAGAAUCUCACAUUUACGCUGACUCAAUUUUAUUUCACAUUUCACACUGGAUUUUCUGGUCAAAGAUUCUAUGAUGACUGGUUUCAGACUCUGUAUAAUGUUAUUUUCACAUCUCUCCCGGUUAUUUUUGUUGGCCUCUUGGACAAGGAUGUCAGUGCUUCCCUUUCCAAGAAGUAUCCUGCAUUAUAUAAGGAGGGGAUAAAAAAUACUUUCUUCAAGUUCAGAGUGCUGGGUAUUGUUGCUUUCUCUUCAGUUUACCAGUCAGUUAUUGUGUACAGCUUUGUAACCGCAUCCAGUACUGGAGGUAUAAAUUCAUCUGGAAAGGUGCUUGGCCAAUGGGAUGCCAGUACUAUGGCCUUCACUUGUCUUUUGAUUACUGUGAAUUUGCGGCUUCUGUUGAUGUGCAACACGGUUACAAAGUGGCACCAUAUAAGUGCUGGGGGAAGCAUUUUGUUAUGGUUUUUGUUCAUUUUUGUAUAUUCAUUCUUUUUCACUGAUAAGGGUAUCUUUUACACCAUUUUUGUGUUGAUGAGUACAUUCUAUUUUUAUCUUACACUUCUUCUUGUUCCAAUUGCUGCCCUCCUUGGCGACUUCUUAUACGAGGGGGUGCAAAGAUGGUUUUUCCCCUUUGACUAUCAGAUUGUUCAGGAAAUUCACAGACAUGAACCUGAUAAUGCUGCCUCAGCAUUACUGGAAGUUGGCACUCAGCUGACUCCAGAGGAAGCAAGGAGCUUCGCGUUUGCUCAACUACCUGGACAGAGCUCUAGGCACACUGGGUUUGCUUUUGACUCGCCCGGGUACGAGUCAUUUUUUGCGUUACAACAGGGUGUGAUUGCCCCUCAAAAGGCAUGGGAUGUAGUCCGAAGAGCAAGUAUGAAGCCUCGUAAAUCACUUCUAGAUAGUUAAAUUAGUGUUUAUUGUUUGUACAAAGUUCUCGUCUUUGGGACGGGUUUAGACAUUAAGCAUCUGUAUAUCAGCCACCACAUGGUAGUUAUAAUUUUUUGAGUUGUUUUUUCUUGCUAGUUUGUUUCCACCUCUAAGUUGGCCAGAUAUCGUAGGCAGGUUGUACAUGAUUAUACAUAAACAAAAACUUCAUAUUCUUGUACAUUAUGAUUUUGAGUUGAAAGAUAGCCAACUGACCACCAGAUUUUGAGUAGGUUGACUUGUGGGAUUAAUAUACUUGAGCAUUUGGCCAUGUUAAUAAUACAUCUAUUUACUUGUA